AUGGAAUCUGUCAUGGCAAUCAGUGGUUGUGCUGUCGAUCAACGAAUGAGAUAUGCUUCUUGCUUAUUUCUUGAUGAAGCGCUGUCCUGGUGGAACGCGCAAGUUCAAAUUUUGGGUAAAGACGUUGCCUACGGUCUGACCUGGAACGAACUUAAAGAGAUGCUCCUGAAAGAGUACUGCCCGCGCAGUGAAACUCAGAAAAUCGAUAUGGACUUCUGGAAUCUAACCAUGGAAGGUCUGGAUGUCGAAGCUUACACUUCUCAUUUUAACGACUUGGCGACGUCAGUUCCACGAAUGGUUACUCCUGAAUAUAAAAAGGUAGAAAGGUAUAUAUGGGGAUUGCCGCCACGAAUUCGCAGUAUGGUUGCAUCUGCGAAACCCACCACCUUUCUAGAGGCUACUAGAUUAGCAAACUCUUUAGCCGAUGACGCUGCACACAAAGGUAGUCUCGAAUCAAAAGGAGGAAACCGGGAAGUCAUCGGGCAAGGCCAAAACAGAUGCGAAAUCUGA